AUGGGUAGAGAUGCGAUCUGUCAGCUCAGUGAUGGCAAUCCUGUAGGGGUGACCAACAGUCCAGUUGUAUUCGACUUUGUUACCUCUCCAGUCACCCCUGAUCAUUCCCCAUUUCAGCGGCCGGACGGCUGGGUGAAUGUCCGAAGGGGGAAUAGUCAGAAGCCGAGGCCCACGAUGGUUAACCACCAACCGCUUCACGUCCUCAACAGAUUCUCCCCACUCAGUAACACACCUACUGAGAAGCCAACUCUGAUCAUUGGCGACUCCAUUCUUCGGAACGUGAAGUUAGCGAAAACAGGCACCACAGUUAAGUGCAUCCCGGGGGCCAGAGCGGGCGACAUUGAAUCCUUUUUGAAACUGCUGGCUAAGGAUAAACGUAAAUACAGUAAAGUGGUUAUUCACGUUGGCAGUAAUGACACCCGGUUACGUCAAUCGGAGGUCACAAAAAUGAAUGUGGAAUCGGUGUGUGCAUAUGCCAAAACAAUGUCGGACUGCGUAGUUUUCUCUGGUCCCCUGCCAAAUUUGACCAGCGAUGAUAUGUGUAGCCGCAUUUCAUCGCUCCAGCGCUGGUUGUCGAGGUGGUGUCCAGCAAGCAACGUGGGCUUCGUUAAUCAUUGGCAAACUUUCUGGAGGAGACCUGGUCUUAUUAGGAGAGAUGGUGUUCAUCCCACUUUGGAUGGAGCCGCUCUCAUAUCUAGCAACCUGACCAAGUUUAUUAGCGGUCCAAACCCGUGACAAGUCAGAGUUGAGACCAGGAGGCAGAGUCGCAGUGUAAAACACUUCUCUGCCUUUCCCUUUGAGCAGUCAUCCACCCAAAAUCCCAUAGAGACUGUGUCUGUCCCCCGUCCUCCCAAAGUUAA